UUCACAUACAAGAUACAAUAAAUUGACAAUUGACGCGUAAUAAAACAAAAAUAAUUAAUUAAUAGAACAACACAAUCUUAUUACGCCACACGUUACAUACAUGUCGGUCCCCCAAUCCCUUUAAAUACACCCCAAAUCCCUAACCCUUUCAAAUCACCUUAUUCUCCUCUUUCCGAAUCCUCUUUUCCCUUUUCCCAUCUCUUUGAUUCCUACAACAUCAUAAUAUUCCCCAAUUUUUGUUCCAUUUUCUCCAUAAACCUUAACAUUUAACAUUCUGAUUUCCCGUCCUUUUUUAAUCGCAACGUAUUCCCUUUAAAAAUCAUCGUUUAUGCCCGCCGUCAGUUGAUGAUUCCAUUUCACUACUUUACUCUAAUUUUAUUCCUUUUGAAUACUCAAUUUAUUACCCCCAUCUUCACCAUGCCUGAAAAACGCAACUUCUCUUCACUUUCUCUCUCCUCCACAAAUCAAUCCCUACAACAACAAUCUCCAUUAAUGGGUGUUUCAUCAAAUUCCAAGAAAUUACGAAGACUUCCUCAUGUUUUCAGCAAAGUGUUGGAAUUACCCUUUGAUUCCGAUGCCGAUGUCGUCGUUGAAGAACGACAUGAUUGUUUUAAGUUUACGGUUGAAGAUGAUGGUGGUAUUGCUGGAGUUGGGUAUAGUAGUGGCGUUAAAGCUCAUGUUGUUGAGGUUCAUCCUGGAAUUACCAAAGUUGUGAUUAGGAGUAGAGAGAAUUUGUCUCGGCCGAUCGUUGAUGAGCUUGAGCUUGAUGUGUGGCGGUUUCGGCUUCCGUCGUCUGCGCGCCCGGAGCUUGCUACCGCGGUAUAUGCUCGUGGGGGACUUGUUGUGAUUGUGCCCAAGAAUGGUUGGGGUGAGAUGGAUAGGAGGGAUGGUGAUGGUAAAGGUGGGUUUAAGGGUAACAUGGGUAAUCUUAUUAUUGUUCAAUAAUGUGCUAGUUAUGGAUUACGGAAUUGUAUUAUGUACUCGGGUGUACCCAGAGAGGUGUAAGCUAAUCGCUCUCACUUGCAAAUGAAAUGAUCUAGGUCUAUGUCAUCUAAAUUUUUUUUAUGAAGUAGAAGCAGUGGCGGAGCCAGGAUUUUCAACUUGGGGGGACAAAAUGCUUAACUUACGAAAAGCUUA